UAAGAUCUUUUUUUCUAAACUGAAUAGUUUGCGCGAGAGACACUUUCAAAGUGGAAAAAUGUGUGUGUGUCCGUGUCCCCCUCUGGAACUUCUAAAAUAACAGAAUGAAAAAUCUAAAAAAUAUAUAUGAUAUACAUUACCAUGCAAACUUCCACCGAAAAUUGGAUUGAACGAGAUCUAGUAAGUAUUUUUUUUUAAUACGUCAUAAAUGGUACGGAACCCUUCAUGGGCGAGUCCGACUCGCACUUGGCCGCUUUUUUUAUUCCCCACCUUAAAAUUAUUGUAUGAUUUAUGAUGGGCAACAAAUAACCCGACCAAAUUGCGUAGGUUGUUUUUGAUAUUUUGUCAGGAAUGUUAAAACGUGUUUUUAAUUUUGCGCAUUGCGUAUGUUUUGUCCUUCACGGGCGCACGCGUAUUGCUAUACGCGUAUAUCUAUAUGAUCCUACCAUCUAUGUUAUUAUUAUGACAUUCGAAUUGUUUAUUUACUACGAAAUCAAUCUUACCAUGACCUUAAUAAAUAUUUUAUUAAACGUGCUUGUCUUAUGUUUAACUAGUACAAUUAUUCAGGCUCGAAACAAUUUAAACACAGACAAAUUAAGUGAUAAUGUAUUGCUUAUUAUAAUUGACGAUUUGCGACAUCUGACGGACAAAAAUGUCAAACUGCCUACCAUUGAAAAAAUGGCGGCAAAUGGCAUAAUGUUUGAAAAUGCUUUUGCACAGCAAGCUCUUUGCGCUCCGAGUAGAAAUUCGAUGUUAACGGGGCGCCGACCCGAUUCGUUACGUCUGUACGAUUUCUAUUCAUACUGGCGAGACAGCGUCGGCAACUUUACUACGCUACCUCAAUUAUUUAAGCAAAAUGGCUACGACACGUACUCUGUUGGCAAAAUAUUCCACCCAGGCGCCAGUUCUAAUUUUUCCGAUGACUUUCCUUAUAGCUGGACAGAGCUACCAUACCAUCCCACAACUGAUAAAUAUAAAGACGCUGCCGUGUGCAAAGAUAAAAUAACUAAUAAAUUACAAAAAAAUAUUAUAUGUCCAGUUGAUGUUAUUAGUCAACCUGAUCAUACGCUGCCCGACUUACAAACCUUGGAUUACGCGGUAAAUAUACUACGAGAAAGAAGAAAUAAAAGUCGUCCCUUCUUGCUAGCUGUGGGGUUUCAUAAACCGCAUAUACCUUUAAAAUUUCCGCAGGAAUAUUUGGAAAGAGUACCGAUAAACAAGAUACGUCCACCAAAACAUCCAAAUCUACCAAAGGCCAUGCCAACAGUAGCGUGGCAUCCGUGGACAGACGUCCGACAUAGAGACGACAUAGCCCGACUCAACAUAUCUUUCCCCUUCGGCACCAUGCCGCAUGAGUGGACGUUGGACAUAAUACAGAGUUACUAUGCCACUGCGGCUUAUGUGGACGACUUAAUUGGAUCUCUCAUGCGACACGUCGAUUUGAAGAACACGGUCGUGGUCUUAACUAGUGAUCAUGGCUGGUCUUUAGGAGAAAGCGGUCUCUGGGCUAAAUACAGCAACUUCGACGUCGCAUUAAAGGUUCCUUUGAUUUUCCUAAUACCCGGAACGCAGCACAACACUAUAAGUCUUCCAGUAGAGCUCAUCGACAUUUUUCCAACACUAGCUGAGAUUACUGGUUUGGGUAAAAACAUCCCUAAAUGCACUAAAACCCAUGAAAUUGUAUGUUUCGAAGGCAAAAGCUUGCUGAACUUAGUAACACUAACGGAAAAUGACGCCGGCGAUGAAUAUUUUGCAAUAAGCCAAUAUCCAAGACCAAGUGUAUAUCCAACGAAAAACUCAGAUAAGCCGAAACUAAAAAAUAUCAAAAUAAUGGGUUAUAGCAUAAGAACAAAUUACUAUCGGUAUACAGAAUGGGUUUCGUUUAAUAAUACACUUUUCACAAUAGACUGGAAUAAAUUGUAUGGUUUGGAACUUUAUGAUCAUAUCACAGAUCCAUAUGAAGCACACAAUGUCGUUUCUAAACUUAAAUACCGCCGGAUUAGGAAACAAUUAUCUAAAUUACUACGGGAAUCAGUAGGUCAAAGACGGAAUAAAAACGUGAUUACCUAAAUGGUAAGACCGUGGUGCCCAAUGUACAUGUUUGUACAGAGGUUUGGCGAAACCAUGGACAAAUUAAACAAGAAGACUGACGAUGUCUACACAAAAUCGCGUUUCUUCAAUAUUCAGGAUAUUGCCAGAUGGCGUCACUAACGUUGCAGGUCUCAAUUUUGUUCAGCGCUUAGACCUCUGGUUCUGGGUUCGAGUUAAGCAGCGCCUAAAUGGAAGUUAAAUUAUUUUGAAGCAGGACUCAGUUCUGUCCAUUUCGUUCGGCGCUUAGGCCUCUGGU